AUGCAGAAGGGGAUCCGGCUGAACGAUGGCCACGUCGCGUCUCUGGGACUGCUGGCGCGCAAGGACGGCACGCGCAAAGGCUACCUGAGCAAGCGGAGUUCGGACAACACAAAAUGGCAAACCAAGUGGUUCGCGCUGCUGCAGAACCUGCUCUUCUACUUCGAGAGCGAUUCGAGCUCGCGGCCCUCGGGGCUCUACCUGCUGGAGGGCUGCGUCUGCGACCGAGCGCCCUCCCCCAAGCCUGCGCUCUCGGCCAAGGAGCCGCUGGAGAAACAGCAUUAUUUCACGGUCAACUUCAGCCAUGAGAACCAGAAAGCCCUGGAGCUGAGGACAGAGGAUGCCAAGGAUUGUGAUGAGUGGGUGGCAGCCAUCGCUCACGCCAGCUAUCGGACCCUGGCCACGGAGCAUGAAGCACUGAUGCAGAAGUACCUGCACCUGCUGCAGAUCGUGGAGACAGAGAAGACGGUGGCCAAGCAGCUGCGGCGGCAGAUCGAGGACGGGGAGAUCGAGAUCGAGCGGCUGAAGGCAGAGAUCGCGUGCCUGCUCAAGGACAAUGAGCGCAUCCAGUCCACCCAGACCGUCACCCCCAACGAUGAGGACAGCGACAUCAAGAAGAUCAAGAAGGUGCAGAGCUUCCUGCGGGGCUGGUUAUGUCGGCGCAAGUGGAAGACCAUCAUCCAGGACUACAUCCGCUCGCCCCAUGCCGACAGCAUGCGCAAGAGGAACCAGGUGGUGUUCAGCAUGCUGGAGGCCGAGGCCGAGUACGUGCAGCAGCUGCACAUCCUGGUCAACAAUUUCCUGCGCCCGCUGCGGAUGGCAGCCAGCUCCAAGAAGCCCCCCAUCACGCACGAUGACGUCAGCAGCAUCUUCCUGAACAGCGAGACCAUCAUGUUCCUGCACCAGAUCUUCUACCAAGGCCUGAAGGCCCGCAUCUCCAGCUGGCCCACCCUGGUCCUGGCGGACCUGUUCGACAUCCUGCUGCCCAUGCUGAACAUCUACCAGGAGUUCGUCCGCAACCACCAGUACAGCCUGCAGAUCCUGGCGCACUGCAAGCAGAACCGCGACUUCGACAAGCUGCUGAAGCACUACGAGGCCAAGCCCGACUGCGAGGAGCGCACCCUGGAGACCUUCCUCACCUACCCCAUGUUCCAGAUUCCCAGGUACAUCCUGACGCUGCAUGAGCUCCUGGCUCACACCCCUCAUGAGCACGUGGAGCGCAACAGCCUGGACUACGCCAAAUCCAAACUGGAGGAACUGUCCAGGAUAAUGCAUGACGAAGUGAGUGAGACGGAGAACAUCCGGAAAAACCUCGCCAUUGAGCGCAUGAUUAUUGAAGGCUGCGAGAUCCUGCUGGAUACCAGCCAGACUUUUGUGAGACAAGGCUCCCUUAUCCAGGUGCCCAUGUCUGAGAAGGGCAAGAUCACCAGGGGCCGCCUGGGGUCUCUCUCCCUGAAGAAGGAGGGCGAGCGGCAGUGUUUCCUGUUCUCCAAGCAUCUGAUUAUCUGCACCAGGGGCUCUGGUGGGAAGCUCCACCUGACCAAGAAUGGGGUCAUCUCCCUCAUCGACUGCACCCUGCUGGAGGACCCAGAGAACACAGAGGAAGACGCCAAAGGAUCCAACCAAGACAUAGACCACUUGGAUUUUAAGAUCGGGGUGGAGCCCAAGGAUUCCCCGCCUUUCACGGUCAUCCUUGUGGCCUCGUCCAGACAGGAGAAGGCGGCGUGGACCAGUGACAUCAGCCAGUGUGUGGAUAACAUCCGGUGCAACGGGCUGAUGAUGAACGCAUUUGAGGAGAACUCCAAGGUCACCGUGCCGCAGAUGAUCAAGUCCGACGCCUCCUUGUACUGCGAUGACGUGGACAUUCGCUUUAGCAAGACCAUGAACUCCUGCAAAGUGCUGCAGAUCCGCUACGCCAGUGUGGGGCGGCUGCUCGAGAGGCUGACGGACCUGCGCUUCCUGAGCAUCGACUUCCUCAACACGUUUCUGCACUCCUACCGCGUCUUCACCACCGCCGUCGUCGUCCUGGACAAGCUCAUCACCAUCUACAGGAAGCCCAUCAGCGCCAUCCCCGCCAGGUCGCUGGAGCUCUUGUUCGCCAGUGGUCAGAACAACAAGCUUCUAUACGGUGACCCUCCCAAGUCCCCGCGCGCCACACGCAAGUUCUCCUCGCCGCCGCCCCUGUCCAUCACCAAGACGUCGUCCCCCAGCCGCCGGCGGAAGCUGUCCCUGAACAUCCCCAUCAUCACGGGUGGCAAGGCUCUGGACCUGGCCGCCCUCAGCUGCAGCUCCAACGGCUACACCAGCCUGUGCUCGGCCGUGUCGCCCUUCAGCAAGGCCACCUUGGACACCAGCAAGCUCUACGUGUCCAGCAGCUUCGCCAACAAGAUCCCGGACGAGAGCGACACGGCCGCUGAGAAGCCCGAAGAGCCCGUGGCUCUCAGCAAGCAGAGCUCAGAAGUCUGCGUGAGGGAAGAGUCGGACAGCGACCAAAACCAGAGUGACGAUGGCGACACGGAGGCCUCACCCACCAAGUCGCCAACGACACCAAAGUCUGUCAAAAGCAAAAGUCCCUCAGAGUUCCCCCUCUUUUCCUACAACAACGGGGUCGUCAUGACCUCGUGUCGGGAACUGGACAACACGCGCAGUGCCCUGUCAGCGGCCUCUGCCUUUGCCAUAGCCACGGCAGGAGCCAACGAGGGCACCCCAAACAAGGAGAAGUACCGGAGGAUGUCCCUGGCCAGCACAGGGUUUCCCCCCGACCAGAGGAACGGGGACAAGGAGUUCGUGAUCCGCCGAGCAGCCACCAACCGCGUCCUGAACGUGCUCCGCCACUGGGUCUCCAAACACUCUCAGGACUUUGAGACCAACGAGGAGCUCAGAUGCAAGGUGAUCAGCUUCCUGGAGGAGGUCAUGCACGACCCCGAGCUGCUGACCCAGGAGAGAAAGGCUGCGGCCAACAUCAUCAGGACUCUGACCCAGGAGGACCCGGGCGACAACCAGAUCACGCUGGAGGAGAUCACACAGAUGGCCGAAGGCGUGAAGGCAGAGCCCUUUGAAAACCACUCGGCCCUGGAGAUCGCGGAGCAGCUGACCCUGCUGGACCACCUCGUCUUCAAGAAGAUCCCUUAUGAGGAGUUCUUCGGACAGGGCUGGAUGAAACUGGAGAAGAACGAACGGACCCCUUACAUCAUGAAGACCACUAAGCAUUUCAAUGACAUCAGCAACUUGAUUGCUUCAGAAAUCAUCCGCAAUGAGGACAUCAAUGCAAGAGUGAGCGCCAUCGAGAAAUGGGUGGCCGUGGCCGACAUAUGCCGCUGCUUACACAACUAUAAUGCUGUGCUGGAGAUCACCUCGUCCAUGAACCGGAGCGCAAUAUUCCGGCUGAAAAAGACGUGGCUCAAAGUCUCUAAGCAGACAAAAGCUUUGAUUGAUAAGCUCCAAAAGCUUGUAUCAUCAGAGGGCAGAUUUAAGAAUCUGAGAGAAGCUCUGAAAAAUUGUGACCCCCCCUGUGUCCCUUACCUGGGGAUGUACCUCACCGACCUGGCCUUCAUCGAAGAGGGGACGCCCAAUUACACGGAGGACGGCCUGGUCAACUUCUCCAAGAUGAGAAUGAUAUCUCAUAUUAUCCGAGAGAUUCGCCAGUUUCAACAAACUGCAUAUAAAAUAGAACACCAAGUGAAGGUGACCCAGUACCUGCUGGACCGGUCCUUCGUGAUGGACGAGGAAAGCCUCUACGAGUCCUCUCUCCGCAUGGAGCCCAAACUGCCCACCUGAAGCCGGCCGGCCCCAGCCGCGCCACGGACACGCGCUGUGUGACGUUGUACAUAGUCGUCUGGUUCCUGGAUUUUCCUCUUUAGUAUGUGCUUCUCCAAGAACACCAGUCCGUUCUCGUUCUUAGAUUCCUGUAGACCGGAAUAGGCGCUCGGCUCCGUUUCCGACGUCACCC